CCCAGUCUGGCCCCGCCGCCUGCCGCGGACACGUCCCUGUUGCCGCCCUGCCCGCCGCCCGGGCCACCCGCCCGCCCGUAGCCAUGAGCGCGCUCCGCCCGGGCCGAGCCCGCCGCCCCCUGGACUAGUUCUGCCGCCGCCCGGACCCGCCCGCACCAUGGAGUCCCCUGCCCCGAGCCCGCCCGCCGGCGUGCCCACGUCCAAAGGAAAGUCCAGGAGGAAAAAGGAUUUACGAAUCUCCUGCAUGUCCAAGCCGCCGGCGCCCAGCCCCACGCUCCCCCGGAACCUGGACUCCCGGGCGUUCAUCACCAUCGGAGACAGGAACUUUGAGGUGGAGGCGGAUGACCUGGUGACCAUUUCAGAGCUGGGCCGAGGUGCCUAUGGGGUGGUGGAGAAGGUGCGGCAUGCCCAGAGCGGCACCAUCAUGGCUGUGAAGCGCAUCCGGGCCACCGUGAACUCUCAGGAGCAGAAGCGCCUGCUCAUGGACCUGGAUGUCAACAUGCGCACGGUGGACUGUUUCUACACCGUCACCUUCUACGGGGCCCUCUUUAGAGAGGGAGACGUGUGGAUCUGCAUGGAGCUCAUGGACAUGUCCCUGGACAAGUUCUAUCGGAAGGUGCUAGACAAGGGCUUGACAAUCCCAGAAGACAUUCUCGGGGAGAUCGCUGUGUCUAUUGUGAGGGCCCUGGAACACCUGCACAGCAAGCUGUCCGUGAUCCACAGAGAUGUGAAGCCGUCCAAUGUCCUUAUCAACAAGGAGGGCCACGUGAAGAUGUGUGACUUUGGGAUCAGUGGUUACUUGGUGGAUUCCGUGGCCAAGACAAUGGAUGCUGGCUGCAAACCCUACAUGGCCCCUGAGAGAAUCAACCCAGAACUGAACCAGAAAGGCUACAAUGUCAAGUCUGAUGUCUGGAGCCUCGGCAUCACCAUGAUUGAGAUGGCCAUUCUGCGAUUUCCUUACGAGUCCUGGGGGACCCCCUUCCAGCAGCUGAAGCAGGUGGUAGAGGAGCCGUCCCCCCAGCUCCCAGCUGACCGUUUCUCCCCUGAGUUUGUGGACUUUACUGCACAGUGCCUGAGAAAGAACCCCGCGGAACGCAUGAGCUACCUGGAGCUGAUGGAGCACCCUUUCUUCACCUCGCACAAAACCAAGAAGACUGACAUCGCUGCCUUCGUGAAGGAGAUCCUGGGAGAGGACUCAUAGGGGCAGGGCUUGGACCUUCUCCAACUGUCUGUUGGGGCAGUGCUUGCCCACACCCAUAAGCUACUGCCGCCCUGGCCUGGGCACCCAAGAGGAAUCCAGGGGGCUGCUCCUGCCUGACAGGCAAGGUCCCAAGUGCCAAAGAACCAGACCAUCGGGGACCCCCAGUGCCUCUGCCCCUGCUGCUCCAAGGACCCCAAGACUCUGGACUUGGAGGGGCCUGAUGCCCCUCACAGAGAAGGCAACCCUGCCUUGUGCAGGCCACUGCCUUGGCUCAGCCCUGGAUGCCACCCAAGUUGUAUAUUUUUUUAUCUCUCGACUGAAUGGACUUUGCACACUUGGCCUAGGCUGGCCACACCUCUCUCCUGGCAUUGGUGAGGGGACCCAGCAUGGGGAUGAGCCACGUGAAUUCCCUGGAGCCCCCACAAGGCAGGUGCCAGAGCCGCCGAGGCCUUCACCCCAGCACUGGCAGACGGGGCGCUAAGGGCACCGGGGUCACCUUGCCCUUGCCUGCCGCCUCUAGGGGUGUAGUUUCACCUUUAUUUUUUUAAUUUAUCUUCCUGAUUUUUUCUUUCGCUUUGUGGGUUUGGCUGGUUUUUCUUGCAUGGUUUGGAGCCGAUCACUUUUCUGUCACCUGCUAGGGGACCAGCAGGCUAAGACCUGCCCUGUCUGCUCAGGCUAGGGUCUUGGGAGAUGGGCCUAAGGUCUCCACUCAGAGAGGUGCUAGGGGAGCCAUCCAGCUCAUUCUCCUUGGGGACCGGCUCGAAAGGGGCUGUGGAUUUGCUUUUGGUAUUGUUAAAAAAAAAAAAAAAAAUAUAUAUAUAUAUAUAUAUUUUUUUUUUUGAAGAAAGGACUGCCUGUCCAGGGUCCUGUCCCUGAUGGAUUGGGGCAGUUGGCUGAUUGCUGUUUUAAUUAAAAAAAAAAAAAAAGUGGGGCAAAAGUUGUGUGACUGUGUGUUGGAGCUGUGAGCCCUCCUGCUGCGCAGUGGUGGCUGGUGGCUCUGAGGGACAGGGACAGGCAGCAUGGUCAGGGGGGCCUCUGACCUUCCAGGGCUGUGCGCUUCCACAUGUGAGGACACAAGGCUGCCUCCGGACUGUGACGAGGCUCCAGGCCCUUGCUGGACGCUGGACAGAGCGCAGACUUAGGCCUGGUCACCAGGGGCAUUGACGAGUGCAUUGUCAGGUGCUGCACCUGGGCUGGGUGGCCACCUCACUGAGGGUAAUUUCAUUAUCCCCAGCUCACAGAUGAGUCCAGAGAGGUGAAGUAACUUGUCCAGAAUCACACAGCUCAUGAUUGGAGAACUAGGCUCUGGGGCAGAGGGAGUGGGGCAGCUGGAGGAUGGCCCCCUUGGCAGGGUUCGCACUCUGUGAUGCUUGAGGCCUGGGCUGAAACUCUCUUCCUUCAGACUGAAGUAGAAGGGAAUUUACUUGCUCACAUAAGCGGAAGUGUGCCUGGCUUCAGGCACCGUGGAAUCCGGGAGCCAGGUUAAUCUCCUGUGGAACUUAAAUCCACCUUACUUGUUUUCUCUGUCUCAGUUUUGUACUCCCCACUUGGGGCCAUGUCAGGACUCAGUAGCUGCUGCCAGCUUAGCAAAGUGUUCCAGAACUGCUGAAGCCCAAGGACUGGCUCUUCUCGGCUGGGAAGGGUCACAGGCUCAUCCUCAUGCCCAUCUUGGGCAGCAAGGAUCCUGCUCAGGAGACUUCUCUGGCCUGCACACCAAGAUCUGAGAGCAGGGCCUCGCUGGCCCUCUAGGGGAAAUGGCAUGUUCCCACAGGAGACACGGAUCCUCCUGGGGUCCCUCUUUCCUCUGCCUCUAUCCACCAGUCCUCCCAUCUUCAGUUCAGCCAGAGGCAAAGUGUGACUUUCAUGCCCAAGGUUGGCCUCAGCCUGGGACAGCCUCUGCGGGUAGUCCUCCUGGAUGCAGCAUUUAACAGCCUCAAGCUCCAUCUGGGCGGGGAGGCCGUUCUCACCUGAGGGGGUCUUUGUGACUGUACCCUGUGCCUAGAACGCCCCUUCCCACCUUCUGUGGGUCUCUGCUUACCAGCUCCUGACUCCUGUGACUUCCCCAGGGAGGCCAGCCUGCACAUGGCCCCAUCGAUGUACUAAUCUGGGCUAGUUAGACCCGCCACUAUCGUGUGCUCAGUGCCGGAAGCUGCGGAGCGGGGAGCGCCCCACCUGUGAUCAGUGGAAACACUAAUGAAUGAACACGUGAGAAAGGCCUGAGGGCGUGGUCCUGCAGGUGCGCCCGUGGAUACCUGCAUAGACGGAUCGGCCAGCGUGCGAAUGUGGCUCCGUGCGCGCGCGCGCCCCCCCAAGCGCGCGCACACACACGACCGCGCGCGCACACACACACGACCGCGCGCGCGCGCGCGCAGGUCCAGCCGACCCGAGCCCCGGGCGCAGCCCGGGGUGCUCCUCCCUCCGCAGCCACCAGGCGGCGCGGCACAGCCCCGGCUUCUACCCCUCGGCCCCGGAGUGCCCAAGCGCCGGUCCCCCACGCGGAGGCCCGGAGGGGUGCCCCCUAUUCUGGGUUCACAGCGCUCUUGUUCAGUCGCUCAGUCGUGUCCGACCUUUAGCGACCCCAUGGACUGCAGCGCGCCAGGCUCCCCUGUCCUCCACUGCGCUCUACAGCUGGUAAAUCAUCUGCAGUGUCCAAAGGACUUUGCCGUUUACAAAGCCCAGAGCUGUUCAUAAAACACAGCUUACAAAGUAAUAAUUGACCGAUAACAAGGCCCUCCGCAGGGUUGCAAAGCACUUUUUACCCAGCAAGUGGUUCACAGUUUGCCAAGCAAAGUUCCUAGAUUCCUCUUCACGUUGGUUUGAACAUGGUUGUUUACAGGUUCGGAUACUAUGGAGGGGACCCUGCAGCUUUCACAAAGGGCGUCCACGUAUCUAGCUGGGAGAAGCCUGCGUGCAGGUCACUGACAUUCACAAAGCACAUGACGGUUUAUUCAGCCAUGAACACGCCAGGUGGAGGCUCCUUCCACUGUCCAUGUGGGUGGGGCCCAUGGGCACAGGAACCAGACCGGGUGCUCAGGGGCCUUCCCAGACCUGGGAUGAAUGAGUCUCUUGGGGAUUGACAGACAGACGGUGGAGCCACAUGAACUGUCUGCCUCAGGUGCAGCAGUGAGAGCCUCCUCACGAGGCAGCACUGAAAGCCAGCAUCUGGGCCUGGCUGGGAGCAGGAGGUGGCCCCUGUGGGAGGAUUUGGUGACUUCCUUUCUGGAGGUGAGGGAAGGCAGCUUUGCUCCUUAGACAUCAGCUUGGCUUCUUCUCAGAGCCCUGCUGUGGCUCCCACCUCCUCCAGUCCAUGCCUCGCGGUGGCCCCCGCCUUCCGGUGGCCCAUGCCAGCCAGCCCCCACACCCCAUACUCCUCCUUGCUCCCUGUGCUUCAGCCACGCCAUGCUCAGACCUGCCUCAGGGCCUUUGAACUCGCUGUUCUCUGUGCCCAGAACGUGCCACUCUGCCCCGUCAGUCCUGGCUGGACUUGGACAUCUCUUUUCGCCUCAGAGAUGCCGUCCUCUCAGAGCGGCCUCCCUGGCCACCUUGCCGCUGUGUCCCCUUGCACUGCUGUGUUUUCUUCACACUCUUGCCUGCUGAGCAGCUCUCCAACUACACUGGGAGUUGUCUUGCCAGCUGGGUCUGUCUUGCUCAGAGCCUGGCAUGGAGAGGGCCAGGCAAUGACAGAGGGAGGAGGCAGGUGCAGGGAAGCUGCCCUCUGGUGCCAGAAUGAUGCCAGAACCAAUGCAGUGGGGCCCAGAGAGCCAGGCUCGGCCAGUUCUGUGCCACAGCUCAGGGGUGGGCUGGGGACUGCCCUUCUAUUUCUUUGAGGCUGUGGGUCCUGGGAGGACGCUUAGAACCAAGGCCAUCCCUGGUUGUACUGACGGGGGGCUCAGAGCAGGGAUGUGAUGGGCUCACGGUCACACAGGGAGCAACACCAGGGCUGGGAUCUUGGCAAGGUCUGGGGACGGGGCUGCCUGCAUCACUGCGGUUGUCAGCACGGUGGUCCCAGGGCAGUGAGUAAGGUUUAUCCUCCCACCUCCUCCAGUUUUUAAGCCUGUCAGGAUGGCUCUGGCUCAGGAAAAAGGGAAGGGGCCAGCAUGUGGCUCCCGCCAUCAGCCCUGCAUUCGCUGUGUCCUUGAGUGCUUUGAGGGUAAAGACAGUGGAUGAGAAAGCUGGGCCGGGGUCAUUUCCUCUCCCAGUAGGGACUUAAGAGCAUCUGGCCAAACCUUUGUCCAGUGCAGGGAUCCCUCCCUAGUCACACCCUCACCAGGGGCUGAGACCUCUGCUUGCACACCUCCCCUGAUGGGGAGCUCGGUCUCAUUCAGACGUGCUUCUUGGAGGGAUCUCAGAUUCUUCUUGUCCUGGUUCCACUCCCUGAGGCUUGUGAUGCCAGAGCCUCAUGUGUAGACUCUGGCACACUCUAAAUGUUCAUUUCUUUGCCUCUUGUGAAAGCCGUUUUGAAUACUUUUGGAAACCAGGUGGGAGGGUCUAUAUAUACAUCAGCUGUGCUAUGUUUAUCGCAGCUCGUUUAUCCUCAGGCCCAGGGCAGUCAAGUUCUCCUGGAGAUCACAAAGCCUCAGCAAGGGUCCAGGCUUGCCUGAGGCCCUCCAGACAGUGAGCUCAGUAACCCAGGAGUCCUGUCCACCCCCCACUCUGAUCAAGCCACCUGCCAAGCUGGGUUUAGCUGCAUUCACCCCCUCCAGCCUUGCAGAAGUCGUGGGCUGCUCUGUUUCUGUCCUGCACUGGCUUAAUGGCGGGACUUGGAUAAGGAGAUGCUUGGGAGACAGCAGCAGCUGCCAUCUCUGGUUGUGGAUGCUCCAGCCCAAGAAGUUCUUCUUUUCCUGGCUCCCAAACCCUCUAUGGCUCCCUGUUGCCCACGGGAUUCAGGGAACGGAGGCCCAGCACCAUAUUUCUACAGCAGAGCCUUGUCUGGAUUAUUCUCUGCAGGGUUUGGCACAUGGAAGGUGUCACCUGAGCACCUACUGUGUGCCAGCAAUGUUCUAGGACUGGAGCUAUAGGUGGACCUAGACAGACCUGGCCUGCCCUCUUUGAGGUCAGAAGGCAUCAGACGGAGCAUAAGGAGACUUAUAAAAGCUUAAAGCUGCAUUUCACACUCUCUUCCCAUUGUCAUUCUCUAAGGAGAAGCAUUGAAUUAUUAAAUCAUUUAAAUUAAUUAAGCUUAAUGACAAGUAACUCACUUUAAUUAAGUAAAUUAUUUAAUUUCUCUCUGAUGAGAGAUGCAAUACUAAUGAAAAAGAUUUUGUCAUAUGGGGCUGCAAAUAAUUGUAACAUCUAUUUUUUCAGUCCUCCAAGAACCAAUUUUUGCUUCCCUUGAAAAUGCAUGGUUUAAAAAAAAAGAAAAGAAAAUGCAUGAUUUAGUUUAGAGGAUUAUAAUCUACUCAGUGGAGUGAAAAGGGGACAUGUGAGGGGGGACCUUUAUUGAGUGCUUGUCAUGGGGGGCAGCCCACAGCCUCAGAAUACUCCACCCGACAGGGUAGGCAGCAGCAGGAGGCCUGGGCAUCUCAUAGGUGAGGAGUGGAGAGAGCAUGCCAGGGCUAGCCUGUGCAAAGGCCCUGGAGCCAGAGCGGGAAGAACAACAGCAGUGAGAGGAGCACCUUUCUGAAAUGUUCUCAUGCCUUUUUGCCCUCAAAGCUCUGCUCCAGGCUUCCCACCCUCAGCUCUUGGUUCAGAUACACUGAGUUUGACUCUGUCACCCUGCACAGUGACCUUGAAGAUGGCAUAGUAUCUCUCAGACUCAGUUUCCUCUUUGCAAAUUGACUAGUAAUGCUGAUCUUACAGGAUUGCAGGUGGCUUCCAGGAAAUGCUGGAGAGCGCAAGGUCCAUCACGAUCCUGGCACCCAGUAGGUAUGCAGUUAAUGCUCUUGGGCUGGGCCCAGAGCGUGAAUUAUGGGUCUCAGGCAUGGUAUUCAGUGACUCCAAAUUCAUUUUCCAUCUCACAGUUGCCUUUAAAACAAAGCCUCAUUAUUUGUGGUACCAUGGGAUGCAUGUUUGUGGCUGAGAUGGGCUUGCCUUUUUUUUUUUAAUUUUUAAUUAUUUAUUUAUUGGUUGUGCUGGGUCUUUGUUGCUGCACGUGGGCUUUCUCUAGUUGCAGUGAGCAGGGGCUACUUUUCUGGGCUUCUCAUGGCGGUGGCUUCUCUCAUUGCGGAGCACCAAUUCUAGGCCCAUGGGCCUCAGUAGCUGCACCACACAGGCUUUGGUUGCUCUGUGGCGUGUGGAAUCUUUCUGGACCAGGGAUUGAACCUGCAUGCCCUGUGUUGGGAAGCAGAUUCUUAAUCCACUGUACCACCAGGGAAGUCCUGGGCUUGACUUUUAAAUCUUGUUUUCAAGGUCUGCCCUUGGAACUGUUAAGAUUUCACAGGCUGCUAUGACAGGUAGGGAUGGGCUUGUGCAUCUCGGGGCGCUGGAGGCUCUGACUGGAGCCAGGACAGAGCCUAGCUGGUGUCUGACCCUCUGUCGGAGCUGACUGGUCCCCUCUGUCUAUGGGCAAGUCAUGACUUUUCUCAAGGCUCAGACUUGUUUGUUGUGAAAUGGAUUGGUCAGGCUGCUCCCUGUGUGAUCGCAAUGGUCUCAGAGAGGAAAGCUUUGGGGAGGAGGGCAGGACUCAGGUGCAGGGCCUGGGGGCCAGGAUGACUCAUGCUGUUGCUCCCUUUCCUUUCUUGCUCAUUUUAGUCUUUUCUCCAGGAAUUCCCUUCAGAGUUCUUGGUUGCAAGCAACACAAAGUGCCUGUCCACCAUAAGUAAAGGGGGCAUUUCUUGGAUCAAUCUCAGGGCUUACAGAGUAGACAAGAGAACUUUCAGGUACCAAAGGGGCUACAAGGGCCUGGGCAUCAAGGCCAAUAUUGUCAGGACUGUGUUGUCAUCAUUGCCCCAGAUAGUAAGCUUCUAAGUCCCAGGCAAGAGUAGUCUAGUGACCAGACCAAAGUCUGGUCCUUUCAGCUUCUGUAGUGGGAAAUCGAACAGAGGGACUCCUCCCCACUAAGAAGGGGUUUGGGUACUGAACAGUCAACCCCAUCCUAAAACACAUAUUCCCUACACCCUCUUUUUGCUGGUGAAUUCCUACUCCUAUUCAGCCCUCAAAAGUCACUUCCACAGGUAUUGGUCAUCUCCUUUGCAGGGUUCCCCCCCAGCUCCCUGCUUCCCUCCAUCCUUCCAGAGUCGGCUUCCUGCCCCGCCCCCGCCCCCGCCCCCGCCCACGCCCACUCUACCCCACCAGCCUCACCCCACCAAUCCAGCCCCGCCCCCACCAUGACGCAAAAACCGGGACACGCCCCCAUACCCCGCCCACAGGUCCCUCUCCCCGCCCCGGUGCCGCGCUAUCCCUGCCCGGGAGGUUUCCUGCCUCCGCGCUGCCUCUGGCUGCUUCAGCUGGGUGCGGCUCCAGGCACCGGGGGAUCUGUGUGGGAACACGCGCUGUCUCGCUUCCCAGUAGGCACUGUCCAGGAUUCCCUUGCACCUAAACCCUUCUCUGUGUCUGCUACACGGAGUACCACUGUGAAAAAGGGUGGGGAUGCAGGCGCUAACCGAGGUCAGGUUUUCAGUCCGUACAUGUGCUAGGUAAGUGACGCCUGCAGUCGUCACAGGGACCCUCCCGCCCCGCUGCUCCCUCUCCGUCGACGCCCCGGGCUCUCCGCAGAAUCUGGACUCUACUUCUCCCGGGUUCCCUCAGGGCUUUUUCAUAACACUGCUCUCUUGGCGCACCCCCUCAGUCGCUCCGCUUUAGCUGUGUGGCCUUGGGCAAGUGACUGCACUUCUUACUCGCUCUGUGCUGGGACUUGUUGCCUCCUCAGGGCCAGUGCCAGCAUGGCUCACUGGGCAAACGAAUCCCAGGUGUCGUGGCUGGCUGAGGGUCUCGGAGAAGUGUCUGGGGCCUCGGUAUGAGGGGAGUGUAGAGGCUGAGAGGAUGGGAACUGCAACAGACCUGGGGGGCUUCCUCCUGCGUGUGGAGCGCUGGUAUCUCGCCAGAGCCUGCAGACCUCCUUACAGGGACCUCAUGCUGGUCCCUGCGCUGUUCUGGGCUUGGCUGCUGGCUGAGACCUGCUUCUGAUACUUGCUUCAGAGAGUGGCCCUCGGGCCUUGGGGCCCGCACUGCCCUGAGAGCGCAGUCCGAGCUCCCGGGAGCCGACUCCUGCAUCCUGGGGCAACCCCGCCCAUCUGCUGCUGCAGGGGUGUAGCUCCUCGCCUGGAGCAGCGCAGAUUCAGAGGCGUGAUCUACAGGCCAGAGCUCCCUGGGAUCCAGCCGCGGCCAGGACAGAAACGCCCCCUUCGUGGGCUGCUCGGCCUCUCUCCCACUCCCCUUGCUCCUGCUCCGCGAUGGUUUCAGCAGGGAGAGCAUCCUUUCCGAGGUUGUGCAACCUGAAUCCUUGCCUCAGACUCUGCUUCUGAGAGAAUCUGACUAGACCACCUGCUGGCACUAGGUAUCUUGGGUGUAUUUUAAUCAGAUGAGUCUACUGGUCAGGAUCAAGGUAUGGCGGCUUAUUAAAAACACCAACAAAAUCACACUAAGGAUGGUUUAAAGCAGAUAGACAACCAUCUCUCUCUCGUACAGUUUGAGGGUCAGCGGUCUGUAGCAAAAGGGCAGUUUCAUGGCCCAGGGCCUAGGUUCCUUCCAUCCUGGGUGUCUGAGGCCUUUGUUAGCACCAUUCCAGGUGGUCCCUGACACCAGCCCCUGUUCUGAGCAGCAGGUAGAGGGAGAAGCGGCACCUCCCUCCCCUUGAAGGGCAUGCGCAUUAUUGGCUCACCUCAGGUUGAACAGUUUAGUCAAAUAGUCACCACACUGCAAGGGGGGCUGGGAAAUGUAGUCCACACACGCAGCUCAGUGCCCACCUAAACCCCAGGGGCCCUGUGGUCUGGGAGGAGGGGGACAGAAACAGGGGAAAUCUGUUCAUGCUAUGACACACAGGGAGGACAGAAUAUUACUGUGAAGCUGCAACCAUAUUCUUCCUUCAGAGAUAAUGGUCUCUAUUUAAGAAAAUAUGCUUAGGGUCCGUAGCAGUAAAUGCGCUCCUGUAAGGGAAAGCCCGUGGGGUGCAGGGGAGGUUAGGGCUUGUAUAGUGCAGUGGGGGCUGGUAAGGCAGGGACAGGAAUGGGCCAGGAGGAGUGGUCUGUGGAAGGAGCCCCUCCUGUGAAACCUAUCCGCGUCCACUUUUGAGUGGACAUGUGACCCACUUCAGUCUGGGUGAGGGCUGUCUAAGAGCAGCGGGGAUAGUUGCAAAAGACAGAGCUGACCAGGGAAUAUGAGAGACACAGGCCAGACCAGGCUGGGUUUGAGGGGCCCUGAAGGAUCUCAGAGAAACCCAAUUCCCCCAUGAAGGGCCAGGAUCACGGCAUCUUAACUAAAAUACACACAGGAUGUCCCGUGGGCUGAUGAGGGCUCCACUCAUUUUCCACAUAUGUUUGCAAAACCGGAAUCCUGCCAGGAAUACAGAUGUACUUUCUUGGUUCAUACAGCACCAAGUCCAUGAGUUUCCAUUUUGGUGGCUGCCUAGUGGUCCAUCGCCAUGAGGUCCCUUCUUCACCAUGUACCCCCUAGCUGGAUGUGGCCUCCAAUACAUACCAAGCUUUCACCCCAGUAAUGUGGACAUCCUUGAGUAGCAGGUCAGCUGGCAUUUCAGAUUUAGGUGAUUUCCCUGGGCACGAUUCCCAGAAGAGGACUGGGGCAGAGGGAAGCACAUUUGCCCGUGAGGCCACGGCUUUUGGAGCCAAAUAGCUUCCUGGCUGGGUUGUGCUGAGUGGCCCACCUGCCUGCAGAGCCCGGGGCAGGGAGGGGGAGGGGGACCACUUUCGUUUAGUCUUUCUUUCAAAGAUUUUUGAAGUGCUAUGUGUUCGCUGUAGAAAGUUUAGAAGAUACUGAGCAAUUCAAAGAGCAAAUUUAUCUAUUAUCCCAUCUGCCAGAAAUAUUUAUAGAUAGCACUUUUUUAGAAUUCAUUUUCAUUGAGAUAAAAUUGACAUAGAACAUUGUAUGAGCUUAAAGUGUGCAGCUAGCAUUUUGAUUUAUAUCCUUCCAGUCUUUUUUUCCCCAUAUAUAAAAGUUUCUAUCGUGCAAAAAUUCACAUGCAUAAACCUUUUAUUACAACAGGUUCAAACAUAUACAAUGCUAGGUUGGGUCAUGAGGCUUCAGGCACCCAGCUCCCAGUUUCAGCAGUGGUCAGCACACACCAGAAUGGUCUCAUCUCUGCCCUUGCCACUUCUUCCCCUCCCAAGCGGUCGUCCUGUUCAUCUCAGACAUUGUGUAAUUUCAUCCAUAAGUGUUUCAAAAUAUAUUUCUGAAGGUUAUGACUUAAAAGACAAUUACAGCGUCAUUGUUUAGAUCUUCAUGCGUCACAGCCAUUCCUUAAUAUCAGCAAAUAUCCAGUCUCAGUCUACAGUCGUCUCCUCAAUGUCAGAAUGAACAAAAUAUGGUUUGAAUCUGCAUCUGAAUAAGGUCCCCAUGUCACUCUGCCUGAUGUAUCUCCUAAAUACCUUUCCUCUAAAGGCUCACCCCGUCUUUUCUUCCUUGUAACUAGUUGGGAAAACCAGGUUGUUAGACUCGUAGAGUUUCCCGCAGUCUCUCUAUUUCCUGUAAGUUGGGAGCCAGGUCUGGAGACUUGAUCAGAUUCAGCUGGGACUUUAUUUAUUUACUGGACAAGAACAUUAGGUCGGGGGCUCUGUAUUCCCCCCAGGGAGAGGUACAGCGUCCUGCCAUCUCUGCUGUGUUAGCAGCUGCUGAUUUGCAGCGCCUGGAUUCGCUAAUUUAUUAGAGGUUGCAAACUAGUGACAUCCUAAUUCUAUCAUUCCUGCUUCAUUUGUUAGCUGAACGCUUUCGUGGAGGGAAAGUUGCCCUCCCCCAGUGUUUGCACUGGUGGUGUGGGUUCUAAAGGAAAGGCAGGAUGUACGCUUGGGCUUCCCUGGGGGCUCAGUGGUAAAGAAUCACCUGUCAAUGCAGGAGACCCGGGUUUGAUCCCUGGGUUGGGAAUAUGCCCUGGAAGAGGAAACGACAGCCCACUCCAGUAUUCUUGCCUGGGAAAUCCCAUGGACAGAGGAGCCUGGCAGGCUAUAGUCCAUGGGGUCACAAAAGAGUCGUACUCAACCUAGUGACUGAACAACAACAUGGAUGUAUGCUUGCCUGUCCCUGUAACAGUUUUCUGAGUUAAGUUUGCCAAUGGUGAUCAAGUAGGGAUGAAAACAACAUUUAGAAACACAUGGAUUCAAAGAUAUUUUGGGGGGAUUUCCCUGGUGCUUGGGUGGUGAAGACUCCAUGCUCCCAAUACAGGGGGCCUGGGUUCAAUCCCUGGUCAGGGAACUAGAUCCCACAUGAUGCAAUUAAGACCAAGCUUAGUCAAAUAAAUAAAUAAAUAAAAAUAAAUAUUAAAAAACCCUGAAACCCCAAAGAUCUUCUAUGUGUUUCAAUUGAUUAUGAUAAUUACCCUUCCUGAUACUGGAGAGAGGAUGAGAUGGCUAGAUGGCAACACCAACUUGAUGGACAUGAGUUUGGGUGAACUCCAGGAAUUGGUGAUGGACAGGAAGGUCUGGCUGCAAUUCAUGGGGUCGCAAAGAGUCGGACAUGACUGAGCGACUGAACUGAACUGAACUGAACUGAGGGUCUCUCCCUUGUAUGUAAUCAUUAAGAAAACGGCUUACCAUUGGUGGCCUUUGCAGUUGUGAACACAGCUACGAAUUCUUGAACUCACGUUUCCCACCUUGACUCUGGGGAACUGGGCCUUCUUCAGCUACUGGCAGAGUGUGGCAGAUGGGCGUGAGGGGCCCGAGGUGCUGAGGGAACCGUGCCGCAGAGCCUGGCUCCUCAGAGGCCCUGAGCUGGGGAGCCUCCCGGCCAGCCCGUCCUCCCUCUGGAUGUAAGCAAGGGGCUGCCAUCAGCACCACGAGGAAAAGAAGCCUCCACGAGCUGGGUCCUGCAUGGACUCGUCUUCACAGAAUCGUUUACACAGUCAGCCGUGGGGCGGUCAUGGGGCAGCAGGUCUUCAGAACCCUCUCUUCCACUCGCGCUUUGAGCAGGAGCCGCGGUGACCUGAGUGCACAGCCCUGGCCCCCUCCCCUGGUUUCCCUGGACUGUAGGCUCUGGCUGUCCCUCCAGCACUGGAGUUUCCUUUCUAAGCCAACCUGAAAAUAUGUUUUCUAUUAAUAGGUGAGUUAAGAUGGAACGAUCAAUAUGUUUAACUUCAGCUCUGCGUGGUGUUUUAUGUUACAUUCACACCUACCUGUGCAAGUCUUUUAAACAAUGUGUCUUUCACUGUGGUUUUUAUUUUCUCUCUCACUCAGACUUUAUUUUUUGGUACUUAAGAAGGGUUCCUAUUUUUGUUCCAGCUGUUACUUUUAUAGUAAUAUAUGUAAGUGACACUUGGUCCUCUCUUUUUUUUGUUAUUGGUUUCCUCCUAUGAGCCAUACUGAAACUUGCUACAGUUGUCUUCCACAGUAUCUGAUUUGAAUUAAUAUCCUUUUACUCUUGGGUUUCCCAGGUGGCAGUAGGGGUAAAGAACCUGCUUGCCAGUGCAGGAGACGUAAGAGAUGUGGGUUUGAUCCCUGGGUUGGGAAGAUCCUCUGGAGGAGGGCAUGGCAACACACUCCAGUUUCUUGCCUGGAGAAUCCCCAUGAACAGAGAAACCUGGAGGGCUGCAGUCCAUAGGGUCACACAGAGUUGGACAUGACUGAAGCAACUUAGCACGCACGCACGCCUUUUACACUCAGACAUUAACUAGGCAGUUAGUAAGCUUAUUCUAUUUUUUACAUGCUCUUCCCACUUUCCCUCAAAUAUACUAUAUCUGGUGUAACCGUUGGGCUUCCCAGGUGGCACAGUGGUAAGUGGUAAAGAAUCCGUCUGUCAAUGCAAGAGACAUAGAGAUACGCAUUCGAAUCCUGGGUCAGGAAGGUUCCCUUGAGAAGGAAAUGACAACCCACUCCAGUGUUCUUGCAAGUGAAAUCCCAUGGACAGAGGAGCCUGGCAGGCUAGUCCAUGGGGUUGCGAAGAGUCGGACACGACUGAGCAGCAUGCACAGUGUAACCAUCAUUGGUCUUAACUGUGUAGAUUCUCACGUGUUUGCACGUUCAGUUCUCACAGUCAGACCUCAGGGCUGUUUCUCUGGUGGUCUUGGUUGUUUGAGGCUUCUUUACUGGCAGGUCCUUAGGAGGCAGGUGGAAGUAACAGUCCUGAAGUUCUUGCCUGUUGAUCUGUUUAUGACCGUCGUACUUCCAGGUCAGUUUGGCUGGAUCUGCCCCUCUCUGAGGCUGCUGGCAGGAAGGCUUGUGUUGGAGACUCUGACAAUAGCCUGAUUUCCUGGGAACCGACUUCAUCUUUUUUUGCUUGAAUUCCCAAAGGCAGCCAUAGAAUAUGUUGGACAACAUGUCUCUCUGUUGGCUGUUCUGGAUCCGUUUUUCCAGAUACUCAACGAUGUUCAGUUGUUACAUAUUUCAGGGACAUUUUUUUUAAAUUACAGUAUUUAGUCUUCGACUAAACACUUGGUUUCCUUCUUCAGCGACUUGUGUUAUACACGUUCUAUCUUCUGCCUGUUCGCCACGUAGUCACUUUCUCUCGAAUCCUGUUUAUCUCUUCCACUUUUUUAUUGCUUAAAAUUUUCUAUUCUGUUCUAACUUCUGAUUCUCUUAGGCAUCAUCUCUUGUGUUUAGCUGUGUUGUGUUCCUUCUGGUUUACUAAUAGUUGUCAUUCUGAAUUGAGUUUUAUCUUUUCUUCCCAAUUCUUUCCUCAAUGCUAGCACAUCUUUUCUUAGGUCUUCUCAUUUUGAUUUGUUAUUCUUUUGUAUCUUUUAUUACUGUCUUACUUUUUAUUGACACAUGCAAGAGUUUUAGGGUACAUUAAAAAAAAAUUCUGGCUGUGGUCCUGUGGCCUGUGUUUCUGGAAUGCCUUCAUUAUCUGUUUCGUUUCCUCAUUUCUCCCGUAACUUCGCAUGGGACUUGACUAUAAUCUUCUCUGUUGUUCAUUUUUAUCUGAAAUGACUUUCAGAACUUUGGAGAGGAGGACUGGGGCGGCUUCACAAUCUUUAGUACUCUUUCCUGCUGUUUUCAUGACAUGUUAAAAAAAAAAUGGUCUUGUAUUUCCUCCUUCCCUCCCUUUCUUCCCUCGCUUCUCCCACCCCUUUCAUUUCUAGUUUUUGGCCCCUCCUGUGCCUCUUCUGCUCAUUUUGGCUUCUGUUCUCAGCACCUCCUUCUCAAUAUGGGGCCCUGCCCUGGAGGGGAGUUUAGUUAUUCAUGUUAAGAGUUGCAAGUCUUCUGCAGCCUCUUCACAUGUUGCCCCGUUACAGUCACACACACCUAGUGUGUGUAGCCACCCCCCUGCUGGUCACUGUUUGAAAGGGGAUGAGAUGGCUUUGGGGCCUUCACCCUCCUGGGGGACAGACAGGGAGUGUGCCGAGCACUGAGAGCAGUCACUCCAGAUGUAGCCAGGAAGAUGAGACAGGAAAGAUGGAGGGACACCCUCAAAAGGCAGAGUGAGGGCCCCAAGGACACGACUCACAGAGAGAGCCUUCUUGCCCUUGAGAUGAGGCUGCACAGUGUUCCUGGUGGGCUCCAGACAGAACCUUGCUCUUGUCUGACACCUGCAUCGCGAGUGUGUGGAGAGGGUGGAUAACGCACUGUUUUAGUUCAUGAGGCUCUGGAGUGAGAGGAGCCACCAGACAGCAGCUACUUUCCAUCCCUGGAGACCCCUGCCCUGAGCUGGAGGCCGUGCAGGAUGGGACGAGGCGUGUGCUCUCCAUGCAGGGAGGAUGGAGGAAGGCCGUUUGGAGGAUUUGGACAGAGGCAGUGCCUGCUCGCUGGAGGUCCGUGACUCCAGCCCCCCUUGCCAUUGGGCUGGGGCCAUGUGACUUGUCUCAGCCAUGGGCUAGAAGGGGAAGUAAUGUAUAUUGACUUCAGAAUGACACGGUGGGAGCUGGAGCCCCUUGAUUCGUUUCCUUCUGGACAGAAACUCUGCAGGUUCUGAGUGAAGGGUGGAGGCUGCCAGUGCUGCUGGGGUCAGCAUGCGGGAGAGAGUGGCGUGGCCAUCGUCCUGCUUGGUCUAGGCCGGGACAUGAGUGUGCGUAAACCCCCAAGAUUGUGGGGUUUUGUCUUCCUGGCAUAUCCUGGUCUGUCUUAACCAACGCAAGUGCUUACUGCAUUUUUACACAACACUGAGGCCUUGCCAACCAUAUUCUUUUAGAACAUUCUUUUUUAAAGCUAACAAUCAGCUUCACUGAAGCACAGUUUAUAGAAAAUAAAAUCUCCCAAUUUUAAGUUACAGCUUGAUGAGUUUGAGAAAGAUUGCCAGCUGUGUAACCAUGACCUCCACCAAAGCAACAAACAGCACUUCCUUCUUCUCAAAUCCUCUCUGGCUGCUUGGUAGUCAGCCUCCAGUCCUGCAACCGGCUCCUGGCAAAGGCUAGUUGCUUCUUGACAUGAUGGCUUUGCCUUUUCCAGAAAGCUGUAUAAAUGGAAUCCCACUGUACGUAGCCUGUUGUGUCUGGCUUCAUUCACUUAACAUGAUGCUUUUGAGGUUUUCCCGAGACUCUGCUGUUUUUGUUGCUGAACAGCCCUCCACAGUGUGUGUGGCUCUGCCUCCCCGUGGAGGGACAUUUUGGGUUCUUUCCAGGUUUGGGCUGCUGUGAGUGAAGCUGUUAUGAACAUUUGUGCCCAAAUUUUUGUGGUCAUGUUUUCCUUUCUCUUGGGUAAAUCCCUUAGAGUAGAAUUUCUGGGUUGUGUGCAAAUGUAUAUUUGACCCCAGAAGAAGCUGCCAAGCUGUGUUCUCAAGUGACUGUACCAUUUUCGUGUCCUGAUAAGCCACCCAUCAGAGUAUAACCUGCCUUUACAGUUAACUCGUGUAUCAUUCAUAUUUCCCUGCUGAAGGAAACAUUUUUCUGAAACAGGAUUUCAGUGGUUUUGAUAAUUCAAAGCAUCCCAGUUGGUUAGCAUUUAGGGCCUUUGCAUUUUUUCCUAAUUACGGAUAAGAUUGUGAAGGACAUCGUCUAUGUGAUGGUGGUACACCUCUCUGGUUGUGUCCUAAACAUGGGAUUACUAGGUUAAAGGGUAUAAACAUUUUUUCUGAUUUUUGAUAUGUAUCAAUACAUAUUACGUUCUGAAACCGUGCACCAGCUUGUAUCAGGACCAGCAUGUGGGAGCAUGUUCAUUUCUUCUUGGCAGAUUUGGAAGAGCCCUUCAUAAAGUGGUGAUGUUAAUCUCUCCUGCCUUAUGCUGUGAAUACUUUUCACAGUUUUCAUUUUGCCUUUUAGCUCUGCUUCAGGCAUUUUUUAAAAUCCACAGACGUUUUUGAGCUGUUUUGUCAUCCAACACGUCCGCCUAUUCCUUUGUGACUGUCUCUGUGUGAUGCUUAGAGAGUCCCUCCUCAGCUGAAGAUGAUAAAAAGAGUCACCAAGAUCCCCACCCCCCCACUUUCCAAAAAAGAGCUUCAUUCUUUACAUUUAGCACUGUAUCUAUUUAUUUUUAACCAUGAAGCCUGUAAGACAUACUAAAGAGUCUGUUACACAAAUGCAAGUUUAACAAAUAAUAGGAAUAAAAAUGCCCACCCCAAAAAGAACCAAGAGAAAAAGAAGUCUCAGAAGAGAUAUACAUGUGCUUUAUUUAUUUUUAUUUAUGUAGAUGUUAUAACUGAACAAAACUGAACUACCUUUUGUUUAGGAACACAUCUGGCGAAAGUGUAAAGGUGAGCAACAUAGUGAUCCCGGCGUCUGCAGGGCAGUUUCCUCUAAGGGACGGGGUGAAGCUGGACAGGAGCGUUCAGGGCUUCAGAGGGACUGUGAAGCUCUAUUUCUUCAGAUGGCUGUGGGCCCUCUGGGGCCCAUCCAAGUGUUCUGGCUUCAAUUGGACAGUCAUCUUGUAUCUCCAUUCUGUCUGUAUCUAUCCCACAUGUCAUUCAAAAGUUUUAAAACUGUGGCAAAAGGCAUGUUAGAUAAUACUACUGUCUUAGCCGUUUUUAUGUGCACAGUUCAUUCCUGUUAAGUACAGCCAUGUUGUUGUGCAGCCAGUCCCCAGAACUCUUCAUGUUGAACUCUGUCCUGAACAAAAACAACUCCCCACUCUGCCCCCAGGCCCUGGCAUCUGCCAUUCUGCUUUCUCUCCCUAUGAACUUGACAAUUCCAGGUGCCUCCUGUGCAUAGAGUAUUAUUUGUAUUUUUGUGACUGGCUUAAUUCCACUUAGCAUAACGUCCUCAAGAUUCGCUCAUGUUGCAGCAAGUGUCAGGAUUUGCUUCCUUUUUAAGGCUGAAUAACAUUCUGUUGCAUGCAUAGACCAUCCACAUGGAAUUUUAAAGAAAGAAAUAAAAAUGUGAAUGCUUUG